AUGUCUAAUGGGUCUAUUAAACCCAAAAAUAUUGUGCCAAUUAAGUCUAUAAAAACCAAGAGCUUUACAUCUAAUUUGAUUAAUGAGCCAUGUUCAUUGACUCCUCCAUUACCACCAAAGCCUUUUGCAUUAAUUCAGCAUAGUGCAAGUGUGCUUAGCUUUAUUGAUGUUGAUGAGUACUGGGCUUCUGCAUUCAUUAAAUUAAUAAAUAAGAAAUAUAAUUCUAAUCCUAAUCUAAGAGAUAAUUUCAUUAGGAAUGAUUCUUGGAAUAAUUUAGCAUUUAGUCCUGAAGAAGCUGAAGCAUUAAAUGAAGGAACAUAUCUAACAAAUUUGAUAGUUCCAGCAAUUCAAGCUAGUUUGAAAAAUCUCUCACAUGAGAAAUUCACCUAUAUUAGCAC